AAAAUAGGAAAAUAAUGAGAAAAAAUCUCAUCAGAUUGAAACUUGAAAUCGAAAGAGGCCAAAACGGCUUUGGUGAUACCGUCGAACGGGAAAUAAAGAACAGAAGAUAAAACAUCCCAUUCCCAUAAUCCAACUCUCUGAUUUUAUAAAUCUUGGUCGAAAUUUCAUGGAAAUGGCUUGUACUUCUUCGGUGACCGAAGAACCAAGACAAGAACAGAAUCAACAAGAGGCGUUGAAAGAGGAGUGCGUCCACAAAACGAAGACGAUACAGUUUUUGGGCCGCACUACUCCUAUUGUUCUCCAAAACGACAAUGGACCUUGCCCUCUCCUCGCUAUCUGUAACGUUCUUUUGUUGAAGAACAAUCUAAAUUUGAGCCCAGAUAUAGCAGAAGUUUCGCAGGAGAAACUAUUAUCACUGGUUGCAGAACGUUUGAUUGAUUCCAACAGUAAUAUAAAUAAUAAAGAUGCAGGCUAUGUUGAAAACCAACAGCAGAAUAUUGCAGAUGCUAUAGAUUUGCUUCCACGUCUUGCGACCGGAAUUGAUGUAAAUAUAAAGUUUAGGAGGAUAGAUGAUUUCGAGUUCACACCAGAAUGUGCUAUAUUUGAUUUGCUCGACAUCCCUUUGUAUCACGGUUGGAUGGUUGAUCCCCAAGAUUCUGAUACUGCAAAUGCGAUUGGGUCAAAGUCCUAUAAUGCUCUUGUGGGAGAGCUUGUUGCCCUGGAAACACGAAACAUGGAAGGUGAAAGUAAGGAAAACCAUGAGGAAGAUUCUGUUGAUUUUGCUGCUGCAACCACUGCAACUCUGGGGGUUCCUUCUCCCUGUCUUUCAAAAGCUAGAUCUUUUGAUGAUUCUCCGCGUUCAGUCUCUGAUCACCAGACAUUAAGGAAAGGGGACCUAGAAGAAGAAGCAGAGGUGUUGAGGGUCUUAAAAUUGUCGGCGAAGGAAUUGCCCACUUCCAUGGGUGAUGCCUUUGUAGCUGAUGUUAGUGAAGGGGUUCUACCUGCUGGUUCAGAUGAAUAUACAUUUGCAAAGGGUGCUGUGCCUGUAAAUUCUUUAGAUAUUUCAGAGGGGCAUAUUGGUAUUGAUAAUAAUCAUGGCGUCCUGAGCAGUGAUCACGGUGAUCUCAUUUCUCUCGGAUCUCUUCCUGGGGAAAUGGCAUGUUCUCCCUCAAAGAUUGAUCAGAUUAGCCCUUCAGAAUCUCUUCCAGGGGAAAUGACAUGUUCUCCUUCAAACGCUGAUCAGAUAAAAUUGCUUGAUCAGUCAACUUAUAAAGAAUCCACAGACUCUGGUUCUUGUAAUGCUAUAAGUGAGAGUUGUAGUGUUAAGAUGCCUGUCCAGAUUGCUGGUGUACCGUCCCUAGCUGGUGGAAAAAAUAUUGUGUCUGUUGAUGAAGACUGCAUGGAUGUUUCUCGAGGAGGCAAAAUGGUUGAGAAUCAAUCAGCUUCCAUAACUGAUGUUCAUGAACCAGCAGAUAUUUCUGGUGGGCAUGACACAGCAGAAAUAUCAGGGUUUUCUGCCCCAAAUCUGGAUUCAGAUUCCUCUAGUGGCAGAAUGCAGAAUGUAGAUGUACCUGAAACAUUUACUUCUAGUGUUGAUGGCAGUGAGCCCAUUUAUGAAGGAGAAGAAUGCAUAUUAGAUUCAGGAACUGCAGUUUUUGAAGACCGAGAGCCUAUGUAUGAAGGUGAGGUGAUUCUUGCGGAACAGGCUGAUAAAACUGUGAGGCCAAAUGAUGAAAUCACACCACAAGAAGGGGAACUGAUAAGGAACUUUUUGAAGAACAGUGCUAGUCAGCUGACUUUUUAUGGCCUUUUUUGCUUACAAGAUGGGCUCAAAGAACGUGAACUUUGUGUUUUUUUCCGUAACAAUCACUUCAGCACCAUGUUUAAGUAUGAUGGUGAACUUUAUCUUUUAGCUACGGACCAGGGAUACUUAAACCAGCCUGAUUUGGUGUGGGAGAAACUAAAUGAGGUCAAUGGGGAUACAUUGUUCAUGACUGGCAACUUCAAGGAAUUCAAGGCAGAAAGUCAUGCAAAUGAUACAUGGGAUGAGCACAAUGCCAUGGCCAGUACUGCUGACUAUAUUGCCAGCAUUGAUACUGGAGCACAAGUGGGCUUGGAUAUGAAUUCUGAUCUGCAGCUUGCAAUAGCUCUGCAACAACAGGAGUUUGAGCAGCAGCAGCAGCAGCAGCCUCAACGCCAUAAUUUGGAGCAACCUACUGUUACUGGCAGCUCAAGACUGAUUACCGGUCCCCAGGUGCCCAGAACCACUGGGAAAUAUUCAUCUUCAUCUUCAAGGCCCGAAGCAAAAUCAAAGGAUAAGUGUAUUGUGAUGUGAGUUUUGCUUAAGGGCAACUUGGAAGUCUGCACUGUAAAUGUUAUGUAUCUUGGCUUCAUUUUGUCCAUGACACUAAUAAACUCAGGUAACCAUACAAGUGAUUUAGAUAAGUUUUUCUUUUGCAAAAAAGUAUAUAGUACCAGAUUGCUAGACUUUUUACUGUCUGAAUCUCUCUUCAUCUCUUUUUCUCCUAUCUAUGCAAGCUGCUUUAUUUUCUUGGAAUAA